AUGCGACUUUGGGAGCGCCGGAUGAAGAUGCUCGUCGACCUAGGCGAGGCCCAGCUCACCGCACGGGACGUCAAGUCGUACUGGGCCAAGACUAUUGAGCUAUUUGGUAAUGUCGAGCCGCGCUAUGACAUCCCACUCGUCGUUUUAUAUUCUGUCGAUGAUGAUCCCGAUGCAAUGUCGGACCCCGGUGGUCUCUACGAUUAUCCGAAGCUAUGUCGGCUUGAGGGAACGCUAGGUGUGCCGGAGGGACACCCGAUCGCUCCACCAACCCUUUCGCUACGCAAUAGUGACGAUGCAUUAUCACCAAUGUUUCGCGGUGCCUUCCAGCUUUCACACCCGCUGUUACUGCAGACUAAAGAUGGCAGUCUGCCGGAACAAUUGCUUGAAGGUCUCCAAUGGCGUGGAUUUGGAGACCCAUGCCGGGAAGCGGUUGUUUGCGCCAUCCGGCCUACGAAGGAGGAAAAUGUGAUGGGCUUGAUGCUGAUCGGCCUCAAUCCUCGACGUCCUUAUGAUAACGACUAUCGACAGUACAUUUCGCUCUUGGCCCAGAAACUAACGUCUUGCCUGGCUUCGACCGUUCUGCUGGAGGAGGAAGCACGCAGGGGCCGGAAUGCAGCACAGCAGGCCGAAUAUGACCAAGCUAUGCUGAAGGAGAAACUGGCUCUUCAGACACAGCAAGCUACGGAGUCGAGCCAAAAGUUUGAGGCGGUUGCAGAAUUCAUACCUGUGGGCAUGUCAUUCGGUGACCCUCAAGGGAAUAUUACCUUUGCCAAUGAUGCCUGGUAUCGCAUCACCGGCUGCGUACAUCACGGCUCUGGACCCGUGGCUCGUAGUGGUUUCCUCGCAUGCGUGCUGGAGGAAGACCAGCCAGGUGUCGUUCAUGCCUACGAACAGCUCCAGUCGGUCAAGAACGUCACCUUUGAAUUCAGAGUAAAGAGACAGCAUGACAGUCCCCCACCGCCUACGCGAGACUCCCCCAGUUUCGAAAAGGCAGGCCUUGACUUGGUUGGCGUACACAAUAAGAAUCUGGAACGCCAUGUACUCGCAUCCGUCAAGGCUGAACGUGCACCAGACGGCAGCAUCCUGCGGGUAUUGACCUGCUUGACCGAUGUCACUCUUCACAAACAAGCUGCGGAGGAAGCAUUGCGACGGGCACAACAGGCAGAAAACUUGAAACGGAUGGCCGAAUUCGCUACUGUCGGCAUGUACGACAUGGAUGUCGAGGGCCGAUUAAUUGGGGCAAACAGAGUCUUCUUCGAGAUGUGUGGUCUAGAGAGAGCGGAUCCGAGCACGAUUCCAAUAAAACCGUGGGAGAAAUGCGUAGUCGAAGAGGAUCAGGAAAUCAUACAAGCGAAUCUGUCGAAAGUGGUAAACGAAGGCAAGGCUCAAACCGCCGAAGUGCGCUUUACAACACCCUUUGUCUCCAAAGACAGCGAGGGCAACCCUAUCAUCGCACCAAGAUGGGUUCAAGCCACAUUUAUGCCCGUCAAGAACUCCGAAGGCGUAAUUCAGUCCUUCACUGGAUGCCUUAGUGAUGUAUCCAUUCAGAAGUGGCAGAUAGAGCGAGAGCGUAAGUGGAAAGAGGAAGCGCUGGAGUCGAAACGGCAGCAGGAGAACUUCAUCGACAUGACCUCGCACGAGAUGCGCAACCCCCUGAGCGCAAUCGUGCAUUGUUCGGACGCAGUAAUCGCCUCUCUGACUAAAGUGCAGGAGCUCAUGCCGAAGAAUGUAAAAGGCCAGACAACUUAUGCCGAGCAGGAGAGGCUGGUCGCUGCAAGCAUCGAAAACGGGGAGACUAUUGUGGCUUGUGCACAGCAUCAAAAACGUAUCGUGGACGAUAUCCUAACCAUGUCAAAGCUCGACUCAAAGCUUCUCGCAGUCACGCCGAUAACAGUUAACCCAAUUCUCAUUGUUCAGGAAGCGCUUAAGAUGUUCGAAGUCGAAGCUCGUAGGGUAGACAUCGAUUUGAGCAUGAAGGUCGACAAGACGUAUACCGACCUUGGAAUCGAGUUUAUGGAUCUGGAUCCGUCACGACUCAAGCAGGUUCUCAUUAACCUACUUACGAACGCCCUCAAAUUUACAAUACAAGGGAAUUUGCGAAACGUUUCCAUUACUAUCAGCGCGUCAAGGGAACGGCCGACUGAUGCCACGUCAUCAGUACAGUUUAUACCUCGAUCGGAAGGCGAGGAAUUCCAGCAACCGAUCCAUAGUGGGCGAGAGGAUCCCAUCUUCCUAUUGUUCGAGGUGAAGGACACUGGUCAGGGCUUGUCAGAAGACGAGAAGAAAAGUUUAUUCCAGCGCUUCAAGCAGGCCACAUCUAGGACACAUAUCAAGUAUGGCGGAUCGGGACUCGGCCUCUUCAUCUCUCGAAGAUUGACAGAGAUGCAGAAUGGUGCCAUUGGUGUGGCUUCCCAACCCGGAGUCGGCUCUACGUUCGCAUUCUAUAUUCAGACUCACCCACCAACAGAAGCAGCUUUGCAUGAAGCGCAAGCCGCAGCCCAUGCGGCAUGGGCGGCGCUCCAUCCUGCUGCAGUUCACACGCCGGCGAACGCGCUUGGCAGAGUUGGUCGGCGAUUCAGCAUCAGCUCUGUGAACGGCCAUGCCAUAAGUCCGGAUCAGGGCGAGUCAGAGAUCGAGCCGCCACCAAUUAACGGUGUGCUGGUUGUCGAAGACAAUCUCAUCAACCAGCAGAUUACCCGACGUGGUUUGAUCGAUAGAGGAUUCACCGUCGAUGUUGCCAAUCACGGCGUUGAAGCUCUUGACAAACUCAGCGCCUCGAACCGCAUGGAAGGAGGCACAACUCCGCUUAGUGUGAUCCUCAUGGAUGUUGAGAUGCCGAUCCAGGAUGGCUUGACCUGCACACGGAACAUUCGCGAGCUGGAGCGCCAAGGCAAGAUCAAAGGCGGGCGCAUUCCCAUCAUUGCUGUCUCCGCCAACGCGCGGAUGGAGCAGAUCCUCGAGGCGAAGGCCGCGGGCUGCGACGACGUCCUUGUCAAGCCUUACCGCAUGCCGGAGCUGAUUGAGAAGAUGAAGGUAGUCAUGAUCACUGUUUCGCAGACGGAGAAAGAGGGGGAAGAAGACGUGGCUAUGGAGACACCGACUAAGUCGGCAUCGUAG